CCUGUCAUCUUCCGGGGGCGUGGCGGAUCGCUCGCGUCGCGUGUGUCUGGAGAGAUGAGCGCCGCGUCGGGUUUCGGUAAAGCGCUGGUCAUCAUCACCGGAGCGUCGAAGGGCUUCGGCCGGGCUCUAGCGCUGUCCAUCGCGCCGCGUCUGUCCGCGGGCUCCGUGAUGAUCCUCGCGGCGCGCUCCGACGACCUGCUGCGGCAGCUGAAGGCGGAUCUGAGCCGCCUUCACCCCGCGCUGACGCUCCGCUGCGCCGCCGCUGAUCUGAGCUGCCAGGCGGGCGUCGAGAGCGUCAUCGCCGCGGUCUCUCUCAGCGUCACGGACGUCGAGCGUCUGCUGCUCUUCAAUAACGCGGCGUCUCUGGGCGACGUGUCUCGGUUCUGCUCCGGGUUCACGGACGUGUCGGAGGUCAACUCGUACCUGUCUCUGAACGUGAGCUCGGCUCUGUGUCUGACGGCCGGGGUUCUGCGAGCGGUCCCGCGCCGCUCCGGUCUGACCCGGGUCGUGGUCAACAUCAGCUCUCUGUGUGCGCUGAGGCCCUUCCCGUCCUGGGUUCUGUACUGCAGCGGGAAAGCGGCUCGGGACAUGAUGUUCCGUGUGUUAUCUGAGGAAGAACCGGACCUCCGGGUCCUGAACUACGCUCCAGGUCCUCUGGACACAGACAUGCAGCUGCAGGCGAGGAGCAGGUCUGCAGACGUGUCUCUCAGGAAGUCGUUCAGUGUGAUGCACGCUGAGGGUCAGUUGUUGUCGUGUGAGGAGUCCAUCAGUAAACUCACGCAGGUCCUGCUGGACGACACCUUCACCUCCGGAGCACACCUGGACUUCUAUGACUUAUAGCUGACUUCUGUUCAAUACUGGAAAACCCGAAGAGCACAAAACCAGUCAUAAUCAUCCUUUUAUUCACAGAUAUAUAUUCUUGAUCUGAAUAAAUCAUCUGUCCAGUGA